UAUUCUUGACCACAAGUAGCUGUCAGUAAUAACUUCCGCUUAACUUUGUGUGUGUGUGAGUCUAUGUCAUGAUGAUUGGAAACCACAUGCUUCGCCUUUGCCUGGUGGUCGUAAUAAUCAGGUCUACUUGAUGUGACCAUAUUCAUUACUAGCCUCUCACCAUGGAGCAGAGAGAGGUGCUACAGCGCUAUGUUGAAGGUUACCAGAAAAAGAAAGAAAAAUCUGAGGAAUUUGCCAAAGACUUUUUGAGUCUCAAAAGGCAGUCAGCAAAGUAUAAGAGCGAUUACAACUAUUCCACCAAAGCAGCAGAACGGCCAGAGAACAUCAAAAAGAACCGUUAUAAAGAUAUAUUGCCAUUUGACCACUGCCGUGUGGAAUUAUCAUUGAUCACAUCAGAUGAAGAUACAGAUUUUAUAAAUGCCAGUUUCAUAAAGGGAGUUUAUUGCCCCAGGGCUUACAUCGCCACUCAAGGACCAUUGCCAAACACAGUAACUGACUUCUGGAGAAUGAUUUGGGAGUACAAUACUGGGGUUAUAGUCAUGGCUUGUAUGGAGUUUGAAAUGGGAAAGAAAAAGUGUGAGCGGUACUGGGCCGAGUUGGGACCCGAAGCGCUACAGUUCGGUCCAUUUAUCAUCACAUGUAAAUAUGAGGAGAAAAAAACUGAUUAUGUUAUCAGGACCCUGCAUGCAACAUAUGGCAAUGAAACACGAAUAGUCCACCAACUUCAUUAUAAGAAUUGGCCUGACCAUGAUGUACCUUCUUCAGUAGACCAUAUUUUAGAUCUCAUAAAAGACAUGCAUUUUUUCCAACAAGAUGACAACAUUCCGAUUUGCAUCCACUGCAGUGCUGGUUGUGGAAGAACAGGAGUUAUCUGUGUCAUCGAUUAUAUUUGGAGGCUUUUGAAAGAUGGGAUUAUACCUAUGAACUUCAGUAUUUAUUAUAUUAUCCAAGAAAUGAGAACUCAAAGGGCUUCACUUGUCCAAACAAAGGAACAAUAUGAGCUUGUUUAUAAUGCAGUGAUCCAUCUCUUCAAAAAGGAGCUGGGAAGAUGUGCUCAAUCAACAGCCAAUAAUGACACAGAGGUUGUUCCUGCUGUGCACCAGCAAACUUCAGAGACAGAGAGCAAUUUCUUCAGUGUGCCACGUGGUCUUUCAGAUAAAGACAGUGUUCUACAGCAGCAAUGUCUGAAAUCAAACACAGAAGAGACUUUUCAAAGUAUCAUGAGCAAUUCUGCUGCUACCUGCAAUCCAGGGGUAACAUCUUUCAAUAUGAUCAAGCCUUCCUCAUCUUCAGAUUCCCAUGAUGCUUUUGGUAGCACAAACCUAAGUAGCGCCAUUCCCCAACCACUUGAUCCAAUCAGAAUAUGGGAUGACAGGCCUUGUCCGUUACCUAGGACAUUACCACAGAAGUAUCAGCUUAUGGAUACUAAAAGUGUAACCUCCAGUGACUGGCAUCCAAGUCAGCAAGCUGCGGACAGGAAAGGUAACAGUGAGCACCCGCAGUUAAUACGUACCAAAUCUAGCCCAUUUGAGCUGCUACAAAAGAGACAUUCUCACAUACCGGAGCGGGCUCUUGAGAUGCAGUUUUUGGGUUCAAAAAAGUUUCUAAAUGAUGAAUCUCAGGUUCAUAAACAACUUUUUCCCUGGCAGAACACUGGCUCUUUGGGUAAUAUAAGUACUGUCCCCAGUUCCCAGUCUUAUGUACGUAUGACUGAAGAUCCUUACUUUACUCCAUCACCUGCUUCUGAUUUGGAGUCACAAAAGAUUGUUGAUUUUUUAAUGGACUACAAACCAUUACUUGUUCCUAAGAAUAGCCUAGAAAUGUCAUCAACUCUAUCAUCAAUCCCAUGCCAUACAAACAAAUCGUCUGGCCUUCUACUAGUAUCUGGGUCAGAAUUAACCAAUAGCAACAGCCAGAAUGGUAAGGAAUCUAUUGCCCCAGAUAAAAAUUCAGAAGCUCCGCCUCCAUUGCCAGAAAGGACCCCUGAAUCGUUUAUUGUACCUUAUGAAGCUGCAGAAUCACCACAGGAUUCAGUAAAACUGCAGCCACCUUCUAUGAAUUUAAGAAUUGGGACUUCAUUGGAAUGGAGUGGUGUGCCCCAAUGUGCGAAUGAUGAUUUUAAACACAUGAUGCGCAGUAAGAGUGUUAAAGUAAGAAGCUCCAGGCUGGAAAAAUCUCGGAAUAGGUCCUCUUCUCCCCCACCUUUACCUGAAAGAACAGAGGAUUCUUUUAUCAUUGCCGAGGAAUGGACCAACAUGGAAAACCAUAACCCUGCAAAAGACAGUCCUUCUCAAUUGAUGGAUGCCGAGAGCAUAGAAUCAAUGACAUCCUCAGAGACUGAAAAACUCAUGACAAGGAAAAAGAGUCUAAAAAUGUUACGGAAUGUGAAAAAAAAUAUAUGCAGUCCAGCAAAACAGUCAGAAUCAUCACAAUCAAGCAAUGCACUUUCAUUUCUGAAUUUCAAUUUUGGGAAGCGGUUUGCAAAACCAAAAGGACCCAGAAAUCCACCUGCAUCAUGGAACCUCUAAUUUUGUGAAAAUUCAAGAAGUGGCUUUUUCUAUAGUAACUUAUACAAAACUCUUAGCUGUUACUGUACAAGCAAUAUGUAACACAUUGAAGAUUUCUGAGGGUUUUUUUAUUUUCCCCAACUGCUGCAAGGCAUUAUGGUUAAAUGUACUGGACUUAUUCUGCUGUUUUCUGCACUUGUACAUUCAAACACAAAGAGGAGCGCUGGUUAACAAAAUAGGAGGUGUCUCUAUCAACCUAUAAGUAACCUGCUAAACAGUAUAAGUCCCUGUAAGCUAUUCGGUGUAGCAUUCAAUUAUUUAAACUAAAAAUCAUUGAAUAUAUAUAUCAAAUACACCAUAAAAUACAAUUAAAAAGAAAGCCAAUUUAUUACAUAAAAUACAGCAAAAUAUUCCGGAAAAAAUUAUAAAGAGUUACUCAAACACAAACAUAUUACAAUUGUUACAAUGUAGUUACACAGAGAAUCUAGAUACAGCUAGACAAAAACUUCUUUGUGCAAUUUAGUUUAAUCCAAAGGGGCAUAUUUAUCAAGCUCCGAAUGGAGCUUGAUGCCCUGUGUUUCUGGCGAGUCUGCAGGCUCGCCAGAAACAGCAGUUAUGAACCAGCGGUCACAAAGACUAUGAGCAGGCGGACAGACAUCGCCGGAAAUCAACCCGAUCGAG